UUUAGGGAAGAGAGAGACGGCGAAGAAAGAAGCGAAGACGAUUCAUCAUCUUGGUCUCUCGUCUCCGGCGGAACAAACGAUUGUCUUUCUCAGGGAGAAGGAGCUUCUAGGGUUUCGGGGGAAAGAGAAAAAUGGAGGAGAAGGAACAGAAGAAGGGGAAGAACAAAUACAGCAUAAUAAUCCCCACCUAUAACGAGCGUCUCAACAUUGCUCUCGUCGUCUACCUCAUCUUCAAGCAUCUCCGGGAUGUUGAUUUUGAAAUAAUUGUGGUGGAUGAUGGGAGCCCUGACGGCACUCAGGAAGUUGUAAAACAGCUGCAGCAAUUGUAUGGAGAAGAUCGAAUUCUAUUACGACCUAGACCUAGAAAGCUUGGAUUGGGAACUGCUUAUGUCCAUGGUUUGAAACAUGCUUCUGGAAAUUUUGUUGUCAUCAUGGAUGCUGAUCUCUCGCACCAUCCAAAGUACUUGCCAAGCUUUAUCAAGAAACAGUUAGAGACUGGUGCCAGCAUAGUUACUGGGACCAGGUAUGUUAAAGGUGGUGGGGUUCAUGGUUGGAAUCUUAUGAGGAAGUUAACCAGUAGGGGAGCUAAUGUUCUCGCACAAACGUUUUUGUGGCCUGGAGUAUCAGAUCUGACUGGAUCUUUCCGGCUUUAUAAGAAAUCAGUUCUUGAAGAUGUAAUCAGUUCUGUUGUUAGUAAGGGAUAUGUAUUUCAGAUGGAGAUGAUUGUUCGAGCCUCCAGAGAAGGCUACCAUAUUGAAGAGGUUCCAAUUACUUUUGUUGACAGAGUAUUUGGGAGUUCAAAGCUUGGAGGAUCUGAGAUUGUAGAAUAUCUAAAAGGUCUUGCAUAUCUUUUGGUCACAACAUAACCUGAAGAACACAGUGAACUUAUUUUUCUUUAGCUCUCUUUAAAGAGUGAAUGAGUUAGAAGUGUUAGCAAACAACUGAGAUUGGGUCAAGGAUUGUCAAUAACAUGACCAUAGCUCAUUUUGCUGCUCUUUAAUUUUCGAAAGCAAAAAAAAAUAAAAAAAAUCCGAUGAUUAGAUUUGAUUGUGUAGAACUCUUUGAUUUUGUCAAUUUUGUGGUUCCCUAACAAUAUUGUAAAGGACAAGCACCAUUUCUCUUGGAUUCCUUCUGAAUCAACAUUGUGUUUUUGG